AUGGGGACCAGCCGGAAAAGGGACGCCCGCGUGCCCGCCCCGGCAGCCUCCCGCUUCCGGCCGCCCCGCCCACCCGUGCUGGGCGCGCCGGUGUCUAACCGCGAGGCUCCCGGGGUCGGGGAGCGGGGGGAAGGCGGGGAGCGGGGGGAGGUAAGGAGACACCACAUAUGUUAUCUCUCUGCCCUCACACCUUCCAUCCCAGGCCCAACCAGGGUCCUCUUUGGAGGUGAGCAAAUGGAUAGAGAGGCGGGAGAUGAGGGGUUGGGAGGAGGUGUGGUGUGGAGCGUUGGGGAGCUGUGGAAGCCAACAGGACAGAGGGUUGGGGGGCUGUCUGGGGCCUCAGUUCCUCACCCCUCCCAGUCCCAGGUAGAGGAGCCCGUUGGCCGCCUGCCACUGGCAUCGCCUGGGCCAGACAUGAAGCGCUGGUGGCAGAUUUUUGUCCUGUGUGUCUUCUGGACGCUCGUUUUGUGGCCAAUGGCCCCCUGCCUGGAUCUGAAGCCUGAAUCGCCACCCCAGGAAAAACAGAUGAACGUGGUACCACAGCGUUGCAGCUGCCCUUGGUUCAAAUUCAGGAAAUGUGGCUGCCAAGCCAGGACCCUCAACGACUCUGUCUGCCACCACACGGCCGGAGGGAACUGGUUUGAUGCAGGCUACAAGAAGAUGAAGGGGUACCUGAUGGGAGCAGCAGGGUCCACGAGCCCUGACGCUGUGCUCUGGCGGUCGGGCAUGAACUCAGCAACUGAGCUGGGCAGAGUGUGGAAGAAGCUGUUCAAGGUGAUUUCCAGGCCCUCAGUGAGCCAUUUUGAUCUCUUCUGUGGGACUUGUGCGUUGGUGGGGAACUCGAAGAUCCUGCGGGCCGCCCGCCUCGGCAGCAAAGUCAACCAACAUGCCGUGGUCUCUAGGAUGAACCAGGUCCCUGUUCAGGGCUUCGAGAUGCUGGGGAACCAAACCACAGGACACUCCAUCUCCCGCAGGAAUGCCAGGGACCAGGGUUCUUGGAGACAGCUGGUGCCGCUGCUACUGUUGAAGCUCUUUGAUCUGGCAUGGACUUCAGAUGCUCUGAGUGAGGAGGUGAUGGUCUGAGAACCCAGACAUAGUUAG